AGAAAGGGGGCGUGGAUUUAAAUGUAAAUAAAAAGAGUUGUAGGUAGCUGUCAAAAAUAUAAUCAAGUAGCUAGUCUUUUCUUCUGGUAGCUCGCCAUGGACCCUCUAGUCGAUCUCUUUUCUGAAGAGAGCGAUGAAAAGAAGAAGAGUGACAGCCUUCCUCCUGAAGUUGAGGAAGGGAACAUUGAGUACAAGCUGAAGCUGAUCAACCCGUCUGCCUCUCGUUUCGAGCACCUGGUGACCCAAAUGAAGUGGCGGCUACAAGAAGGACAAGGAGAGGCCAUUUACGAGAUUGGCGUGGCCGACAAUGGCUCAUUAUUAGGACUCAAUACUAAGGAAUUACAGAUGUCAUUAGACACUGUAAUGAGAAUGGCUCACAAACUUGGAGCAAACGGAUCUGUUUUGAGGAAAAGAGAAAUAUCUCCACCUGAGAGUGAUGAGAAGCUCUGGGUAGCUGAGGUAAUGGUCAGAAAAGUACCAGAUGAUCAGCAGGUACAGUAUGAGUUUCUUGAUGUUCGUGUGGCUGUUCUUGGUAACAUGGAAGCUGGUAAGAGUACACUAUUAGGUGUAUUGACUCAAGGGGAACUGGACAAUGGCAGAGGGAAAGCUCGUCUUAAUUUAUUCCGUCACUUACAUGAAAUACAAUCCGGACAUACUUCUUCAAUAUCUCUUGAAAUAAUGGGAUUCACACCUCUAGGAGAAGUGGUCAAUUAUGGUACUCACAGUGAUGUUGAAGACAUUUGUGAAGCAUCUGCCAAGCUUAUUACAUUGAUUGAUUUGGCUGGUCAUCAAAAGUACCUCAAAACAACUGUCUUUGGAUUGUCCUCGUGUAGGCCUGAUUUUGUGCUACUGGUUGUUGGUGCUAAUUCUGGAGUGGUUGGCACAACUUGUGAGCAUCUUGGCUUCUGCGUUGCCCUGAAGGUCCCAAUGGCUGUUGUAGUGAGCAAGAUUGAUCUGUGUAGCAAAGAAAAGGUAGAGCAAGUUGUGAAGAAACUAGAGACACUCCUCACGAACCCUGGCUGCAAUAGAGUCCCAAGGAGAAUAGCAACUGACAAUGAUGUCUAUUCCACAGCUCAUAACUUCAAGGAAAGCAACAUCUGUCCAAUAUUUCUCAUUUCAAAUGUCACUGGACAAAACCUGGAAUUACUUACAAGGUUCUUUAAUGCAGUCCCAAAGUACCGAUUGAGCGAUGAGCUAGAGCGUAAGGAGGCCGAGUUUCAAGUAGAUGAGAUUUAUUCGGUUCCAGAAGUUGGUGUUGUACUUGGAGGUACUUUAACAAGAGGGACUAUGAGAGCUGGUGAUGAGGUACAAGUUGGUCCUACCGAAGACUGUAGUUUCUUUAAAACAAAAAUUAUGUCAAUUCAUCGUCAUCGUUCACCUUGCCGACUCAUAAAAGCAGGACAAGCAGCAACACUUGCCUUAUAUGGCAUUGACCGUUCAUUAAUGAGAAAGGGAAUGGUUGUCCUUGAUAUUGGUGAAACAUCUAGAGCUCAUGCACUUUGUUCAUGGAAGCUUGUAGCUAAUGUGUUCCUAAUUCAUCACACUGGCUCUGGGAUUAAAAAGGGCUACCAAACAACACUGUAUGUGUCAGCAAUGAUGCAAACUGUCACUGUUGAACAAGUUGAAGCAGAGGAGGAAACAUUAAGACAAAGCCAAAGAGGACGUAUACACUUCAGGUUUCAAAGACAUCCAGCGUUUCUAAGAGUUGGUUGGAGGCUCUUAUUCAGAGAUGGGCAGUCAAGAGGAAUGGGAGAAAUAGUGCAAAUAACAAAAGGAAGCACUAAACCUAAAAGGACUCCUUCACCCAAGAGAACACCAUCACCAUCUAGACCAUAAUCACCCAAAAGGACACCAUCACCAUCUAGACUAUAAAUAUACCAUGAUAACAAUAUAUAUAUAUAUAUAUAAUUAUUAGCUCAAUAAAUACAUUAGUGUAGAUCAUAAACACAACAAUAUUACUUCAAGUUCUAUAAUAAUAUUAUUAUUA